CAACGCGUCUGUUCAGUGUAAACGAUGACGGAGCGAUUCUUACCCAAACAAUACAGCGCUAGCUAACGGGUCUCGUGGCUGUGUUUCGUAUUGACAAGUAGUGCACUAGGUAGGUCACUAGAACGCUGUUUGUGCACCACAAAUCAAGUGCGCUUAAAUAGGGAGGAUGGAGCGGUUUGAGCUUCGGCCCUAGGCGACUAUGUUCUUGUUAUUCUUUCGCUGACUAAAUCAUAUAAACGACAUGAAAUGUAACACCGUUGUAACUUAACACCGCUAAUACACCACAUAUCUGUAAACUCCAGAGUAAGAGAUCAGAAUCACCAACACACAGCUGUAUCUCCAUGAUGGGUGAUCAGUCUAUGGAGCCUCCUCUGAGGUUUAAAGAUGGAGACUCAUCACUUCUACACAGUAAACAACAGAGUAAGAGAUCAGAAUCACCAACACACAGCUGUAUCUCCAUGAUGGGUGAUCAGUCUAUCGAGGUUCCUCUGAGGUUUAAAGAUGGAGACUCAUCACUUCUACACAGUAAACCCAAGAGUAAGAGAUCAGAAUCACCAACACACAGCUGUAUCUCUAUGAAGAGUGAUGUGUCUAUUUCGAUUCCUAUUAACUUUAAAGAUGGAGACUCAUCACUUCUACAAAGUAAACUCCAGGGAAAGAGAUCAGAAUCACCAACACACAGCUGUAUCUCCAUGAAGAGUCAUGAGCCUAUGGAUCAUCAUCUGGAGGUUAAAGCUGUAGACUCCUCACUUCUACACAGGUACGACCCAGAAUCUGCUGGUGGAAAUGAAUUCCAGAAAAAGUUCAAAUUAAAUCUGAUGAAGAAGUUUCAGUGUUUGAAUGGAGUGAUAAUAAACCUGGGAACCCAAACACUCCUGAAUGAGAUCUACACAGAGCUCUACAUCACAGAGGGAGACAGUGGACAAGUCAAUAAUGAACAUGAGGUGAGACAGAUGGAGGCAGCAUCCAGGAGAAGAACAACAGAGGAAACACCAAUCAAAUGCAAUGACAUCUUUAAGCCUUUAUCUAAACAAGACAAACCCAUCAGAACUGUGCUGACAAAUACAUCAUCUAAACAAGACAAACCCAUCAGAACUGUGCUGACAAAGGGAGUCGCUGGCAUCGGAAAAACCGUCUCUGUGCAGAAGUUCAUUGUGGACUGGGCUGAAGGGAAAGUAAAUCAGGACGUCCACCUCAUAUUUCCACUUCCUUUCAGAGAGCUGAACUUGAUGAAGGACCAGAAACUGAGCCUGAUGGAGCUUCUUCAUGUGUUUUUUAAGGAAACAAAAGAAACAGAAACGUCCAGUUUGGAAAAGGUUCUGUUCAUUUUUGACGGAUUGGACGAGUGUCGUUUUCCUCUAGAUUUCCAGAACACAGUGAGAGUGUGUGAUGUAACUGAAUCAGCAUCAGUGCCUGUGCUGCUGAUAAACCUGAUCAAAGGGAAUCUGCUUCCCUCUGCUCUCAUCUGGAUCACCUCCAGACCUGCAGCAGCUGAUCAAAUCCCCUCUGAGUGUGUGGAUCGAGUCACAGAGGUACGAGGGUUCAAUGACCCACAGAAGGAGGAGUACUUCAGGAAGAGGAUCAGUGAUCAGAGCCUGGCCAAUAACAUCAUCACACACCUGAAGUCAUUAAGAAGCCUCUACAUCAUGUGUCACAUCCCAGUCUUCUGCUGGAUUACAGCCACUGUUCUAGAGAGAAUGUUGGGUGAAGCAGAGAGUGGAGAGAUCCCCAAGACUCUGACUCAAAUGUACACACACUUCCUCAUCAUUCAGACAAACAUCAUAAGAGAAAAAUACUCAAAGAAGCAGGAGAGUGAUGAAGAAAUGCUUCUUAAACUGGGACAACUGGCUUUUCAGCAGCUGAAGAAAGGGAACCUGAUCUUCUAUGAUGAAGACCUGAGAGAGUGUGGUAUUGAUGUGAGAGAAGCAGCAGUGUACUCAGGUGUGUGUACUCAGAUCUUCAGAGAGGAGUUUGGGCUUCACCACAGUAAAGUGUACUGCUUUGUUCAUCUGAGCAUUCAGGAGCAUCUCGCAGCUCUGUAUGUGCACCUGACCUUCAUGAAGGAGAAGAGAAAUGUUCUUAAACAGAAUCAGGGUUAUAACAGGUGGAUGGAAGAAAACACAAUCUCAGGUGUACACAACAGUGCUGUAGAUCAGACUUUACACAGUCAGACUGGACAUCUGGAUCUUUUCCUUCGCUUUCUUCUGGGUCUCUCACUGGAGUCCAAUCAGAAACUCUUACAUGUUUUAGUAACACAGACAGGAAGUAACCCUCAGAGCACACAGGAAACAGUUCAGUACAUAAAGAAGAAGAUAAGUGAAGGUCUUCCUACAGAGAAAUCCAUCAAUCUGUUCCACUGUCUGAAUGAACUGGGUGAUGAUUCUCUAGUGGAGGAAAUCCAACAUUACCUGAAAUCUGGAAAACAAAGUGAACUUUCUUCUUCACAGCUUUCUGCUCUGGUGUUUGUGUUACUGACAUCAGCACAGGAGCUGGAUGAGUUUGACCAGAGUAAAUAUUUCAGUACAGAUAAGAUAACAGAAGAUGUUGUUCUGAAGAUGAUGCCUGUGAUUACAGCAUCCAGUAAAGCAAUGUAAGUAAAUGUGAAUAUAACUGUUCUACUGUUACAGUGUUAGAGAGAAACUGAACACACUCUAAUAUGGACUUUGGGAUGUUCUGACCUGAAGGUGAUACAGAGUGGAGU